AGCCUUGUUUACACGGGCUGUUAAAAGACGAAGCUACCGCUACGCCGAGGAACUCUUCACCGAGCGCCGCUCUUAUCUCACUUUCUCGUCAGCAGUCCUAACAAACUCAACAUGGUGGCUAUGCUGAAGCGAGUGAAAUUGUUCCAAAUUGUUUUGUCCGACACAAAGACUUUCUAUUGCGGCGGGGACACGCUUUCCGGCCGAGUAGAAGUGGAAGUGAACGAAGUGACGCGGGUGUCCGCAGUCAGGCUACUCGGUUUGGGAUGCGCCAAAGUGGAAUACGCCAAAGGGAAGCAACGCUGUCGACAGGAGGCCGAAUAUCUCCGACACGAAGCCGUUUUAUCUCUUCAAGAUCAACCAACAGACUCUGACGGCUCGGUUGUUUUGAGACCAGGCAACAAAUACGAGUACAAGUUUAGUUUCGAACUCCCCCAACACGGGAAGCUGGUGUCGUCUUACAAAGGCAAGUUUGGGUACGUCCACUAUUAUGUCAAGGCUAAACUGGAAAGACCUCAGCAGCCCACCAUGGAAUGCAAGAAACAUUUUGAAGUGGAAGAACCUCUCGAUGUCAACACGCCAGACCUGCUGUGUCCCACCGGCGGCAUGAAAGAGAAGAAAGUCACCUGCAUGUUCAUCCCCGACGGCCAGGUGUCGCUCAACGCCAAAAUCGACCGACGCGGCUUCUGCGAGGGCGAGGACAUUUGCAUCAACGCCAAAUUCGAGAACACGUGCUCGCGCAUCGUGAUUCCCAAGGCCGCCAUCAUCGCCAAGCACACUUACCAGGCCAACGGCCGCACCAAGGUCUUCCGCCAGAAGCUGUCGUCGGUGCGAGGGAACCACAUCAUCUCGGGAAUGUGCGACGCCUGGCAGGGCAAAACCAUCCGAGUUCCCAAGAUCAAACCGUCGAAACUGGACUGCGACUUGAUCCGAAUGGAGUACGCCUUAAUGAUUUACGUCCACAUCCCCGGAAGCGAAAAGCUGAUCCUGGAGCUGCCCUUAGUCAUCGGGACGGCCGGUUUGGGCAGCCGGAGCAGCAGCGUCAGCAGCCAGGAAGGCUCGGUCAGCUGGGUGUCGCUCGGGAUGCCCGAGCUCCCCAGCUACCGCGACGUCACCCGCGACAUCCGAAUGGAUCAGCCGCUCACGCCGCUCCUGGAUUCUUUCGACGGCGACGACAGCCCCAUCUUCAUGAACCCGCCCGCAUUCUGUUUCCCGCCGCCUCCCGUCUACUCAGAGACAGAGGAGGAGUUCAACCUGAACGCUCACAUGUUGCCAGUGUGCUGAAGUGCGUCGGUGUUUUUGUUCAACGUUGCUCGAGUUCAGACUGUUCAACUGAGGCUGACGGAAAAGAAGGCGCGUCAAGAGACGGCGCGUUGCCUGUCGCGCGAGCUAUUCCUCCGGAGCUGGCGAGCGUUCGGCGCGCCAACUCUCCUUGAAAAAGCUGUCCCAAUUUUGUUCGUCGGCAGUCACUUUAUCGCUCGGUUACGACGGCGGCCCGUUCGAUUUCCUCACUGCGCUUUGUCAUUCCAGGGUCAUCGAUGAAAACAAAACCCUUUUAUUUACUCUUUAGCGUUUUUGGGGGGGUUUGGGAUUACGCUUAAUCCUGUCUGGAUGCUGAUGAAACCUCAUUGUCAUAUCUUAUGUUUUCAUGAACAUAUUCAAUCCUGAUUUUGUUCCGAGAGGUUCUUCAAAGUCGUCGCACUUUUUUUUUCGCUUGACUACUGCCUGAAGCGCUUUUAUUUGAAUCUGAUGUGGAAUUUUCAGUAGGUUAAGACGUGUGGAGCCUUACGUUACUUUUUGUAAAACCACAUGCACUUUUCUCUAACCUCUCGGUGCCAAACGUGAUAUUGAAAGGUCACAUGCUCUUUUUGUUUUUUAUCUACUUGCCAUAUUUUCCACUUAACAUUUUGGUCGGGAUAAUGGAGAGAAAAACAAUUGUACCUGAUUUUCUGUUGUCCUAGACAACAUUUCACCUUGAGUUUGUGUUGUUGUUGCUGUUUUUCACAUCUUGUUGUCUUCAAGACAUGAAACCAAGACUGAUUUGUUCAAAAGAAGAAAAAGUUUGUUUGGAAUGCAUCUUUGAUACGAGUAUUUUUGUAUGUUUUGUAAUAAAAAUGUUGGAAAGUG